AGAUUCCAUCGUUGCCACGGAAUACACAUUAUUGAUCUGCAUUUAUGGUUGAUAAGCCACCGGUUAUCACAAAAUUGGCCCGUUGACAGGACUUUUACCCACUAUCCAGUUAUACCUAUACGAUAUACCGGUGGCAAUACCACUGGUAGUAGUUAAAAAAACGGUAAAUAAUGCAAAGUUCAAGGAUCAGGUUUAUAAUAAUAUAGUAAUAUACGCCGUUCGUUUACUAAUUAAUGCUUAGUGUUUUAUUACCGUAAUAGUUGUGAUUUUAUUUUCUACAUGCUAAAAUGAUAUAGUGCAAUAAUUAAAUUUAAUAUUUAUUCACAAUUGGAACGUAAAUCGCAAUGUGUAUUAAUGCGUCCAUCUAUUAAAAUAUGAAUACUUGUUGAUGUACAAAUACUUACUACUUAGUACUUACACCGUAUGACCUUAUGAAUCGUAAACAGUAAAUUUGUUUAAAUCCUUCAAAUAAAUAUUUAAUUCAUAAAUUAUGUCAUUAUAAUAUUUUGUCUCGAAUAAUUAAUUUUAAAUAAUAUAAAUUAAUUUCGAACUGCACUCUUUGGCCACUGUAAAAACAAUGGUUUUUGAUAAUUUAUAUCUUAAUAAGGAUCAUCUUGAUGGAUUUGACAAUUACAAAGUAAGUGAUUAUCUAUGUACAAUAUAAAUCAUAAAUAGUUUUAUAAUAUAUUAUAUUAUAUUAAAUUAAAUAAUUAAUAAAUAUAGUGAUGUCAUAAUUGUUAUUCUUAUCACUUUUUAGGUGGGUACCUAAUUAAAUUUAACAUAAUAUAAAUUGUUAUUAAUUAUGCAUCUAAUCAAUGACCAUACAAUUAUAUAUGAAAAAAAUUGACAUUAAAUAAUUAUGAUUAAAGUAAAUUUUUGGUUGAAGUUUUGUUCUUGGGGUAGAAAAAAGUCAAAAUAUUAAAACUCUUAUAAUUUCUGUGCCCCUCAUUUGACUUAUGUCCCACAAUUGAAUUUUUAAUUUUCCAAUCUAAAUAAGCCUAGUUUAGAGGUGUGCGUUAGUAAAAUUGUUUCAUUCACAGAUAGCUGUAGAGGUGUUCUAUUACUAUAAUGACCUAAAUAGAUCCCAGACAGAAUUUUUGGUUUUUAAAUUUUUAAUACUUUUCAACCAUAUGGCUUUUUGGUAGAUACCUACUUAAUGGAAAUCAGUAUUGAAAUCUCAUAAAAUUUGUGGGAAAUUUAAAAUAGAAAUUCUGACAGUAGAAUGUUUAUAAGGUAAGGAAAGAGAAUGAAAAUUAUAAGGGUGAUUUUUAGGUACUUUUUUUUUACCCCAAUUACUAGACUUCAACCAAACUUUGUUGUGUUUUGAAAAGUCUCUAAAAUAAAUACAAUUUGAUAGUAUAUUCAAAUUUUGUAUUUAAAUUUAAAUAGAAAAAAUAUUUUACCAUUUCUAAAUUGCAUUAUAAAAAUGAAUCCUUAUAUUAUUUGUAAACAUAUUUAUGAAUUAAGUUUUACAUUAACCUUGGCUUACAUACUUAAAUUUCUGUGUUUGUUCUUUUUGUAAUUAAAUUUGAUGAUUUUUCCUAGAAAUUUCUCAGAUGGUUAUAUUAAUGAUGGAUACUUCUAAAUGGUCUAAAAAUUAAUUAGGUAUGAGUAUUAUAGUGCAUGUAAUAGCUAUUUUGUAAACUCAUAAUUUUAUGACUUCAUUAUGUACAUUUUAUAAUAUACAUCAUGUCUUGAUAUAACUGUAAUUAUUAACUUCAUUUAAUGUAUGGGUUAGGUACUCAAUCAAAUUAUUUACCUUAAUUUUUAAAUAUUUUUGUACAAAAGUUAAGUCAUUUUAUUAAAAAAAAUAAAACCCUAUAUUUGUUAAUAAUAUCUGUUUAUGCGAAAAUUGUUAAUACUUUAAUAAAUAAAUCUAACAUAUAGUAUAGCAAACAAUAAAACCUCUGAUAAAUCCCAACCAUUUAAUCGGAGAGGUAUAACUGCAAACCCCUUUUGUAGACUUUGAUGAGUUACCUUAGAGUCUAUUUGAAUUAGAGGUGUUCAAUAUAAGAACAAAUCAAAAAGUUUUCGUCAAUUGUGUUUUUUUGAUAUUAUUUAUUUGAGGCACGAAAAAAAGAUUUUUAAUUUUAGGGAGGCUUUAGCAAAAGGUUUGGAAACUUAAUGAAGAUAUAUAAUAAUAUAAGUAUAUUAUUUUUUCAAAAAUGUGUUUUAUUACUUAAAAUAUUUUAAUUGGAUGUAGGUAGGUACUUAAUUAUUUUAAACUUUAAAAGUUUUCUCAAAUAUUUAAUUAAUUGAUAUUGUAGUUACUUAAUUUAAUUCUUGGAACAAACAUAAAAUAUAUUUUACCCUAAUAGAAAACUGUUUUAAAAUAUUUAACCUUGAUCUUAUUUAUCAUUUAAUAAGCCAAAUAGUGAAGAAGUCAAUAGUGACUCUAGUAGGUUAUUUAGUAACAAUAAAUCAAUAAGCUGUUAAUGGAUGCAGUAAAGCAUAGCUAGGCUAUUGUAUGACUGUAAUGAGCCAUCAGUGAAAAAGCUUUCAUGGAAAAGUAUUUGACAAAACUAAGUGAUAAUAAGUUAAAUCAAGUCCACCGUGUAUCUUUUGGGGCCAGUAGAAUGACCUAACCUUACCACUUUGAUUUACAUUAAUAAUUAUUUUUUUAGUAUAAUGCAAUUGAUACAAAUCCGCUGGGUACAUACAUUAUGCACCCAUUUUGGAACACUUUAAUUAAGGUAUGUGACAUGUUUAUUAGUUAUUUUUAAAUAUUUAUAUUACUCCAACAAAAUAUUGAAUAUAUUUUAUGUGAACUAUCUUGUAAUAACAACGUCUACUCAGUUUAUUUUAUUUACCAAUGUUUUUCUUGCACAUAUUUAAUUAAUUUUAAUUAUAGAUAACUCCAAGAUGGAUUGCACCUAAUUUGCUAACUUUUGUUGGUUUUUUAUUCACUAUUGGAGCUUCACUUCUCCUUGCUUAUUAUGACUAUGGUUUUUAUGCAUCUGGAAUAUAUUAUAAGGGUGAUCCAAUACCAAGAUGGGUAUUUGGUGUUGUAUCUUUAUUUUUUUUCAUAUCAUAUUCUCUCGGUAAAUAUAAUUAAUAUUUUUAAAUAUGAUCAAAAUUAUAAUAAUCAUCUAAUUGUUAUUUUAGAUGGUUUAGAUGGCAAACAGGCAAGGCGUACUGGCACGAGUGGACCAUUAGGUGAAUUAUUUGACCAUGGCUUGGAUUCCUGGACAACUAUUUUUAUACCAACAGCACUUUAUUCAAUAUUUGGUCGUGACGAUCCUAAUACUAUUCAACCUAUUCGAAUGUAUUUUAUCUGUAUAAUGGUGUUCAUUAAUUUUUACUUAGCUCAUUGGGAAAAGUAUAACACAGGAGUGUUAUAUUUACCAUGGAGUUAUGACUUUUCAAUGGUUGUAAGUUUAUCUUUAUAUAAUAUUAAUAAUAUUUAUUGAACCAACAAAAAAAAAUAUAUAGUAUAGAAUGACAUUAUCUUAUAAAAUAUUAGUUAGAACCUGACCUAAUAAGUAUAUGCUUGAAAACAGAUGAGUGAGCUGAGUUCAUAGUAAGAAGUGAAUGAAAGAAGAUAUACAACAUUUGUAUACAAAAUUAUAAAACAACAAUUAAAGACAGGAGAACAUAUUAGUUAUACAUUUCUUAUAUUUAUUUAAAUUUUCAGGGAUUAGUUAUUUUUUUUGGUCUUACUGCUAUUUUUGGACCAGAAAAAUGGAAAAUAACUUUAAUAGAAAAUUAUUCUUUGGGGCAUGUUACAGAAAUAAUGUUUUAUUUUACUACAUUCGUUACUAAUAUUCCAGUUUCAAUUUAUAAUAUUUAUGUGUAAGUAAUUUUAAACAAUUUUUUAUUAAUUAAUUAAUAUUAUUUAUGUAAAUAAUAAUUAUACAUUUGCAGAAGUUACCGAGAUAAGACUGGUAAAAAUUUAAGUAUUUUAGAAGGUAGUAGACCAUUGGUUCCUUUAAUUGUAUUUGUGUCAUUGUGCAUGAUAUGGGUAAAAAUUUCACCAACCAAUAUUCUUGAAAAGGACCCAAGAAUGUUUUUCAUGAUGAGUGGAGCAAUAUUUUCAAAUAUUUGUGUAAGUAAAAUGCGAGGUUAAAUCAUAAGGUGUUUAAAUUUUAAAUUUGACAUGCAUUGAAUAUUAUAUUAAAAUACAUAUUUAUUAUGAAAUAGGGCUUCUUGAUAAUAACUUUUCCUUCAGAAUUGAUUAAUUAAGUAAUUUUUUAGGGAUCCUAUAAUUAGAACACUAUUAUUUAGUCAUAAGAUAAUAAUAUGCUAUAUAACAACAUGAAAUAUCUGGUUAUUUCACUGUUAAUAUUUAGGAUUAUGCUUGUUAACUACUAUUUAAGGACAGUAAAAAUGAGAUAGUUUUAAAUUGUAGAAGUCCAUUAAGUGGAUUUAUUUAUUUAUUUUUAACUUCUAUUAUCCAUAUCAAUUGCCUUAGUUGUCAACUAAGACUUAAAGUAAUCAAGAUGCCUAUUAAUUUUAGAUUUUCUUAAAAAUUGUAUUGUAAAAAUAAAUUGUGAAUUUUAUAUUGAAUUGCAAUAAUAUCCAAUUUAACUAAAUAUCGAUUAUGAUUUGUGUUUUAUUUUAGUGCCGUUUAAUUGUGGCUCAAAUGAGUAAAACUCGCUGUGAAGCACAUAAUAGUUUAUUAACACAUAUGUGUAUAGCUAUAUUUUUUGGUGCCUUUUUACCUCCAUUUGAGAUAAUUGUCUUGUAUAUUAUGACAUUUAUUAGCAUUAUGACGCAUGUAUACUAUGGAGCGUGUGUAGUAAGUUUUUAUUAUAUUAUUAUACUAUUAAUAACUCACGUUUGUAUGGGGAAAAAACCAUUCAUAGUAAAAAUUAUAAUUUGAUACAGUUAGUGAUGGUAUGUCCUCGUCAUUAAUUGUGUAUGAUUAAAAGAAAUAAAUGCAAUUUAGCACCAGUGUUCUGUUUCUAUUUUUCUUUAUUUUUUUUUGAAAAUGUGUGUUUAAAGAUACCGAAUUUAAAAAUAAAAAACGCUUGUUUUAUUGCUCUUUUUAUUUUGGAAAUUAUUCAAAAAAAGAAAUGUUUUAAUACGAUUGGAAAUUACAGGAUUUUAAUACUGAAGUUGUCCAAUCAGAAUUUUUUCGGAAACUAUUAUUUUUGAAGUUCUAGCAAUUUGAAGACUGUAGGUAUGUCACUAUUUAUCAUAUGAGGAACAAAUAGUGAAUUUAGGGGACAAUUUACUGUAUUCAAUAUCAUGUAAUUUAAAAUACUGAUACUUCUAUAGUAUAGAGCAAUAAUUUUUUCCAAACACCUUUUAACUCCGUAUCUUAAAACAACACAUUUUGAAGAAAAAAAAAUUAUACUGCAUUCAUGCCGAUUAAAAAUAAAAUUACAUAGUGUGUUACUAAUUUUUCGGUGGUUAACUUAAUAUUCGUUGUCAAAGAUAUAUCUAUAAUACAUUUAAUUAAUCAAUUUACCUAUUAUUAAAUUAUGAAUGGGCUAAACACUUUACUUAAAAUUAUAUUUGGCAUGGUAUAAUAUAUUUUAAUUUUUUACUAUAGGUGAUACAGAUGGCUGAUCAUUUUAAAAUCAUGUGUUUCAAAAUACCAUAUAAGAAUCAUUAGAUAUAUAAAAGAAAAGAAAACAUUUUAUUAUAGCCUUCAAAAAAAUCCUUAUUUUGUUUUUGAUUUCUUUAUUUUCUACAUAAAUUAUACAAACAUUCAUGAAAUAAUAUGUGCUAAACAUUUUGUUUCUUGAAUCUCUUCAUUAACUAAGCAUAUAAGUAAAAAAUUAAUUAUAUUUUAUUAUUGUUUAAACAUUCUUUUUUUUUUUUUUUGAUAUAAUUAAUGAUUAUUAUGAAUAAUACAAGUUAAAUAUGAUUAGAUAAACUGUAUCUGAAUCAUAAUACUUGAUUUGAUUAAUUAAACAAAAUAUGUUAGGUAAUUAUGUUUUAUAAAUUGCAUUAAUAUGUAUUUAUCAUUUGUUUUAAACAUUUAACAUUAUUUAUAUGGAUAUUAACUAAUUUAGUUCUAAGUUAUAUUUAAAGUACAAUAAUUUUAGGCAGCACUAAAUUUGUAGUACAGCUCUUAAUAUAUCACCGUAGUAACAGUAUUGUAGUAAAGUAUGCUUUUUUCUUGUAUUAUGGUAAAAUAUAUAAUCAUAGUAAGUGGGUUUGCCCCUCCCCAAAGAUCUACCACUGUAACAUAAUGGCAACUAUUUAAUUAUUUGUUAUUAAAUAAUUUUACUAAAUAUAUAACAUUUAAUAACUUUAUAAUAUUGGUACUUAUUUAUUUUUAUUUUUUUUUAUUAUGUAGUAUAUAUUAUAUUUAUCUUUAGAAAAUGGAAACUAAUUUAACAAUAUUAAGGUAUAUGUGUAGACAUAUACAAAUGUUUUUUGUCCUUCUAGUAUGUUAUAUAAAUAUAAUACAAAUAAUAAUUCAAAAUAAGUGCCAAUGUUCAUAUUAAUUCGAAUGUGUGAUGUGUACAAUUUGGACCACACUGUUACUGAAUACAAAUAUAUUUGAUGUGUAUUUAUUAUUAAAUAAAUAAUUAUUUUACUUGAUUAGUUUCUAGAAUUUAGUCAACAAGUUGAUCAAUAUCAUAAUUUUAUAUUAUAUUAUUUAUUGAUGACUUGAAAGUCUGUUUUAUGUUGUUUGUUUGUUUUGUUUUAUUUUUUGUAAAAAUAACGUGUGUUAAAAUAUGUAAGAAGAAUUUACCAAUUGUAUACAAAUAAAGAAUAUAUACUUAAUAAGUCACAAAUUUAAUAAAUAUGUAUUUUUUUUUUUUCAUUUUAAUUCUCUAUUGCUUGGUUGUGUUUAAUACAACCAUUAAUUUGUU